AUGGCAGAAGCUCGGCACAAGCCCAUCAACGUCUUUGGGGAUGAUGAUGACGAUGGUGCCAUCGGACAGGACAUCGCCAGACAUGCAGAGCAAAUGCUGAAUGACAAGAAGGUGACACAGAUGCAUGCAGCAGCACUUGCAGAGGACGCAUCAGUUUUCGACUACGACGGCGUCUAUGACAGCAUACAGGAAGCCAGGGUGCAGCCGCGGCAGCAGGAGAAGCUGGCGCGCAAGUCGCGCUACAUUGAGGGCCUCCUGGAUAAGGCCAAGGAGCGCGAGAGGGAGCAGGACAUCAUUUACGAGCGCACGCUGCUGAAGGAGCGCGCUGCGGAGGAUCACCUGUUUGGCGACAAGGACAAAUUUGUCACGGCCGCAUACAAGAAGAAGCUGGAGGAGGACCAGAAGUGGCUAGCCGCCGAGCGCAUCCGCGAAGCGCGCGAUGCAAAGGCCGACGUUGUCAAGGCCGGCCACAUGGGCAACUUCUACAGGGACCAGGUGGUCUCCGUUUUCUUGGAAACUGAGAUGUACGUGCCCCUCUGGCCCGGCCUGGCAGCGCAUGCUGUAGUGUUGGAUCAGCAAGAUGAGCUCUUUUCUGCAGCCUAUUCGGGUGCGAGCUCGCCCUUCAGUCCGGCGGCGUUCCUGUACGCGUGGUGGUGCCACGCGGACCACCACCUGGCAGGCUACCAGCAGCAGGACGCACACGAAUUCUACCUCUUCACGCUCUCCGGACUCUCACAUUCUCGCCUGCCCAGCGUUUCAAACAACGAGCCGACAGCUGCGGCUGCCUCCGCUGCCGCACCUGCAGAGCGCCAGACAGGCGCUCUGGAGGCUCCCAGGCCGGUGAAGCAGGAGGCGGGCAGCGCCGGCUGGCAGGUGCCGGUCACAGAUUUUCUGGACCUGACCUCUGACCUCGACAGCUGCAGCCUGCCCAGCUUCUUGUCUCCGUUCCCCAACCAAGAAGAGGCCAAGCCCUGA